AUGAACUCUAUUCUCAUUCUAAAUGGGAUGAACUUUAAGGAUUGGAAGGAGAACAUUUAUAUUGUUCUAGGCCACAUGGAUCUAGACCUUGCGUUAAGGAUUGAUACCUCCACGACUCCUUUGGAAAAAAUUUCUAUCGGUGACAAGGAUAACUAUGAGAAGUGGGAAAGGUCAAAUCGCAUGUGUCUCAUGAUCAUAAAGCGCGGUAUUCCAGAGGCAUUCAGGGGUGUAGUAUCUGAGGAUAUCACCAAUGCAAAGGAGUUUCUUACGGAAAUUGAAAAACGAUUUGUAAGGAAUGAUAAGGAAAAAAUUGGCGCGAUUUUAGCGUGCCUUGUUACCUUAAAGUAUAAAGGCAAUGGUAAUAUAAGGGAGCACAUAUUGGAAAUGUCCCAUAUAGUUUCAAGGCUAAAGACACUUAAGCUUGAUCUUUCCGAGGAUCUUCUUGUGCAUCUGAUACUCCUCUCGCUACCAACUCAAUAUUACUAG